AUACAACUAUCCAACUUGCACACUAUGGAGAGAACCUAUUUCCUCUUGUUGAUAACCUUGUUUCUGGUACAUUACUGUUCUAUGGCUACCUUAACUGUGGCAGCACAGACCAAUUUCACCACAGACCAGUCUGCUCUUCUUGCUUUCAAAGCCCAUAUCACCAAUGACCCUCAAAACAUUUUGGCCAACUGGUCUACUACUACCUCCAUUUGCAACUGGGUUGGUGUUACUUGUGGUGCUCACCACCUUAGAGUUACAGCCUUAAAUCUAUCUUACAUGGGUCUCACAGGCACCAUUCCUCCAUACCUAGGCAAUCUAUCCUUUCUUGUUGAGCUGAGCUUUAAAAAUAACAGUUUCCAUGGUUCCUUACCACUGGAAUUGUCUCAUUUGCGUCGAUUGAAGUUGAUUAGCUGCGCAUACAACAACUUCGCCGUGGAAGAGAUUCCCUCCUGGUUUGGGUCCUUCCCCAAACUUCAAUUCAUUGAUUUGAGCGGUAAUCAGUUUUCAGGGUCAAUACCCACUGCUAUCUUCAACUUGUCUACCCUGCAAGCAAUUGAUCUGAGAAAGAACCAGCUAUCAGGUAGCAUACCAGGAGAAAUAGGGAACUUAACAAUGCUGAAGAGCAUAAACCUUGACUUUAACAAUUUCAAAGAAAUUCCAAAUGAGAUCGGAAGCAUAGAGCUGCAGAAGUUUUCUAUGCAAUUCAAUGCCCUAAAAGGGCCUGUUCCUCUGGAUGUCUUUAACAUGUCUUCUUUAACUUAUUUGGGUCUAUCGGGAAACAGCUUGAAUGGUACUAUUCCGGACAAUAUAUGUCAACGUCUUCCAAAUAUGCAGUUUUUGCUGCUGUCCUACAACCAGUUUGAUGGUCCACUUCCAUCCAAAUCAUGGCAAUAUUGCAAAGAGCUGCAUGUAUUGUCAUUGUCGUAUAACAAUUUCAGUGGAAGCAUACCCAAAACUUUUGGGAACUUGACCCAGUUAAAGAUGAUUUUUCUUGGCAUAAACUAUUUGACAGGUACUAUACCAGAUGAGAUUGGUGCUCUUCAAAAAUUAGAGUAUUUGUCGUUUGCAGAUAAUAAUCUUGAUGGCCCUAUCCCAUCCCCAAUCUUCAAUAUGUCCACAAUAAGCACAAUUUCGCUGGCUGGAAAUUGGCUCUCAGGUAGACUUCCAGAAAACAUAGGCCUUGGGGUUCCAAAUCUACAGGAACUUUACGUAUCAUGGAAUAAACUCAGUGGAGUAAUCCCCAAUUUUACCUGCAAUGGUUCUAAGCUCACGAAGCUAGACAUGGCUGUUAACUCAUUUACUGGUGUUAUUCCUACCACACUUUGUGCCUUAACAAACCUUGUGUGGCUUAACUUACAGCUUAAUAAUUUGACGAUUGAUACUUCUACUCCUGAAGUAAACUUUUUUUCUUGUUUGUCCAAUCUUAGAAAUUUGUGGAGAUUACACUUGCCAAGUAAUCCAUUAAAUGCCAUGCUUCCUGCUUCCCUUGGGAAUCUGUCUACAUCACUUCAAUAUCUUGAUUUAAGCCUGUGCAACAUGAUGGGUAACAUUCCCGGUGGUAUUGGAAACUUGAGCAACUUGACAGUGCUGAACUUGGGAUACAAUCAACUGGGUGGAUCAAUUCCAACUACAUUGGGAAGGCUACGGAAUCUCCAAGGUUUGUAUUUGAAUGAUAACAAAUUGCAAGGAUGCAUCCCAAAUCAACUUUGUCAACUAGAGAACCUAGGUGACUUAGUUUUGGGUCGUAAUCAACUCUCUGGUUCUGUACCUUCCUGUUUGGACAAUAUAGCAGCAGCUCUAAGAAGUCUAUCAAUAGACUCCAAUUUGUUAAAUUCCACUAUACCAUCUAGCUUUUGGAGACUUGCCUAUAUCUUGCACAUAAACUUAUCAUCCAAUUCUCUGAUUGGAACUCUCUCGGAAGAUAUUGGAAAGUUGAAAGUUGUGAUAGAUAUAGAUUUAUCAUGUAACCAUUUAUCAGGUAAUAUACCAAGUAGCAUUGGGGGUCUUCAGAAUUUGAUGAAUGUUUCGUUGGCAAAUAAUAAUUUAGAAGGCUCUAUUCCGAGUUCGUGCGGCAAUUUGCUGAGCCUGGAACUCUUCGAUUUAUCCGAAAACAAGCUGUCUGGAGAGAUUCCGAAGUCCUUACAAGCACUUGUACACCUCAAGUAUCUGAAUUUGUCUUUCAACAGACUCGAAGGAGAAAUUCCAACAGGUGGACCUUUCCAAAACUUCUCUGCUCAGUCAUUUGUCUCAAAUGGUGCACUCUGUGGUGCACCCCGACUCCAUCUCCCACUGUGCAAAAUUAGUGCAGAAUCACGUUCAAGGAAAGCUAGUACAUCCAACUUGAAAUAUCUUAUUCCAGGGAUCAUAUCAGCAACACUCCUAGUGGCCACUUUAUCAAUGUUGAUACUACGCAAGAAAAGAAAUUUGGAUGUUGGAACAGAGUCUACCUUGCUAGCUCAACCAUUUUGGAGAAAGCUUUCCUACUUGGAAGUUUUUAGGGCGACAAAUGGGUUCAAUGACAGCAACUUACUUGGUGUUGGAGGUUUUGGCUCUGUAUAUAAAGGAACACUUUCAGACGGGAUAGAUGUCGCUGUAAAGGUUUUCAAUUUACAGCUAGAAGGCGCUUUCAAGAGUUUUGAUAGUGAAUGUGAAAUGCUAAGCAAUAUUCGUCAUCGAAAUCUUAUCAAGAUCAUCAGUUGUUGCAGUCAGAAUGAUUUCAAAGCCUUAGUACUGCAAUACAUGCCUAAUGGGAGCCUCGAGAAGUGGUUGUAUUCUCAAAACUCUUCUUUGAAUAUCUUACAAAGGAUGAAUAUAUUGGCAGAUGUUGCACUAGCAUUGGAAUACCUACACCAUGGUUAUUCAGUACCUAUCGUCCAUUGUGAUAUGAAGCCCAGCAAUAUACUACUAGAUGAUGAUAUGGUUACACAUGUUGCUGAUUUUGGAAUUGCAAAAUUCUUGGGUGGAGGAGAUUCGAUGACCCAAACCAUGACACUAGCCACAAUUGGGUAUAUGGCUCCAGAGUAUGGAAUGGAAGGAAUAGUUUCAACAAGAGGGGAUGUGUACAGUUUUGGUAUUCUAGUGAUGGAAACAUUCACAAGAAGGAAGCCAACAGAUGAGAUGUUUGUUGGUGAAAUGAAUUUAAAGCAAUGGAUUGCAAACUCACUAUUGUUACCCGAUGCAAAGAUGGAUGAAGUUGUGGAUGCCAAUUUGCUUGGGAUUGGGACAGAGCAGGAAGAUGAUGAUCAUGUGCGGAAGAGGGAUUGCAUAUCAUCCAUUAUGCGAUUAGCCCUUGCUUGCUGUGCAGAAUCACCAGAAGAGAGGAUAAGUAUGAAAGAAGCUGUAGCCACACUCAAUAAAAUCAAGAACAAGUUUUUGAAGGACGCUAGAGAUAAGUAGUGAUUUUUUGUUUUUCCCCUCAGUAUAUACGAAGGAUGUGCAAAGACUUACAUUAAUUCAAGGAUGGAUGUUUUGACAAACAUUCAAUUUCAUUUGUCAGUCUUUUGUC